GAUCUGUAAAAACAUCGAAAGUAUUAUUUAGGUGAAAUAGUGGGGAGAUUCACAGUUGCAGAAUCCUUAAAAUUUCCAACUGACAUCCUGAGUGUAUCCUGCAGACCCAUCCAGAGUUCCCCUCAGAUAUCACGUGGUUCAUACACCAACUGGAACAAUGUGUUUUAAGUGGGACAGAAAAAAAAGGUUACAAUGAACCCUAUGCGUAUGUAGCCUAUUAUGGCAACACGAGAAAAGUGCCUCGGAAUUGAGAAAAUGUUCGAGUACUGUGUUGGUUUUUCGAACGGUUUCAGGACUGCCACGAUAUCAACAUGCAAAAAAAAUUGAAGUUUCUCGAUUUUGGUUAAAAAUGUGCGUGCUACAUUUAUCGUGUACUCGUAUUAUUUUUGUGAUAUGGUAGCUGAUAAGAGAUGACGAACAUCCUACUGUAAUCUCAGGAUCCCUUCAACAUGGCAGGGGGGAGGAGGGGGCUAGUUGCCCCACAAAAUACAUUCUUGGAGAAUAUAAUACGAAGAUCUAAUUCCCAACCUGACAGCAGUUUUCUUUUGGCCAACGCACAAAUUGUAGACUUCCCCAUUGUUUACUGCAACGAGUCCUUCUGCAAGAUUUCUGGCUACAACAGGGCGGAAGUUAUGCAGAAGUCCUGUAGAUGCACUUUCAUGUACGGGGAACUGACGGAUAAAGAAACAAUCAACAGGAUAGACCAGGUUUUGGAGCACCAACUAUACGACCAGUUCGAGAUACUUUUAUACAAAAAAAAUAGUAUUCCUGAAGAAACACCGCUAUGGCUACUUUUACAAAUUUCGCCAAUAAAGAACGAGAGGGACUUGGUGGUGUUGUUUCUUCUCACAUUCCGGGAUAUCACAGCCCUAAAACAGCCUAUAGAAACAGACGACACAAAAGGAGGUCUAUCGAAGUUUGCCAAAUUGGCGAGGUCUGUGACGAGAAGCCGCUCCGUUCUAGUUUCUCAGUUCUCCUCACAUCUCCCCAACCUCAAGGAUACAACAAAGCAGUCCCAUUUGGCGCAAAUGAUGAGUUUGAGCGCAGAUAUUAUGCCUCAAUAUCGCCAGGAAGCUCCAAAAACACCACCACACAUUCUUCUUCAUUAUUGCGCCUUCAAAGCCAUCUGGGAUUGGAUAAUUCUCUGUUUAACGUUUUACACAGCAAUAAUGGUUCCUUAUAACGUAGCUUUUAAGAAUAAAACCUCGGAAGAUGUGUCUUUGUUGGUGGUGGAUUCGAUUGUAGACGUGAUAUUCUUCAUAGACAUCGUUUUGAAUUUUCAUACGACCUUCGUAGGACCAGGAGGCGAGGUUGUGUCAGACCCUAAAGUCAUCAGAAUGAACUACUUGAAGAGUUGGUUUAUUAUAGACUUGCUGAGCUGUUUACCGUAUGAUGUUUUCAAUGCUUUCGAUCAUGAUGAAGAUGGAAUUGGGAGCCUUUUCAGUGCCCUGAAGGUUGUGCGCCUGCUGCGCCUUGGACGUGUAGUUAGAAAAUUGGACCGGUAUCUCGAAUAUGGUGCCGCAAUGUUGAUCUUGUUGCUAUGUUUCUAUAUGUUGGUGGCGCAUUGGCUAGCUUGUGUGUGGUACUCUAUAGGAAGAUCAGAUGCUGACAAUGGGGUGCAAUACAGUUGGCUGUGGAAAUUGGCGAACAUAACUCAAAAUCCCUAUUCUUACGUCUGGCCUAACGAUUCGAGUACGCCGGAGCUCAUAAAUGGACCAUCCAGGAAAACGAUGUAUGUUACUGCCCUUUAUUUUACGAUGACUUGUAUGACCUCGGUUGGAUUUGGAAAUGUGGCUGCUGAGACUGACAACGAAAGAAUUUUUACCAUUUGUAUGAUGAUUAUAGCUGCCUUGCUCUACGCCACCAUAUUUGGCCAUGUCACAACAAUCAUCCAGCAGAUGACAUCUGCUACAGCAAAAUACCACGAUAUGCUGAACAAUGUCAGGGAGUUCAUGAAAUUACACGAAGUUCCGAAGGCCUUAUCGGAAAGAGUAAUGGACUAUGUGGUUUCAACGUGGGCUAUGACGAAAGGCCUAGAUCAGGAUAAGGUGCUGAACUUCUGCCCAAAGGACAUGAAAGCUGACAUUUGCGUUCAUUUGAACAGAAAAGUUUUCAAUGAACAUCCAGCUUUUCGACUCGCAUCAGACGGUUGUCUCAGAGCUCUGGCGAUGCAUUUCACUAUGUCACAUUCUGCUCCGGGUGAUCUCCUCUACCACACAGGGGAAUCGAUUGAUUCUCUCUGUUUUAUCGUCACAGGAUCCUUGGAAGUUAUACAAGACGAUGAAGUUGUUGCGAUAUUAGGUAAAGGUGAUGUGUUUGGUGACUCUUUCUGGAAAGAUAACGCUGUCGGGCAAUCGGCCGCAAACGUUCGUGCUUUAACCUAUUGUGAUUUACACACUAUUAAAAGAGAUAAACUCUUAGAAGUUUUAGAUUUUUAUCAAGCUUUCGCUAAUAGUUUCGCAAGGAAUUUAAUACUCACCUAUAAUUUAAGACAUCGCCUUAUAUUUAGGAAAGUAGCUGAUGUGAAAAGAGAAAAAGAAUUAGCUGAACGAAGAAAAAAUGAACCUCAGCUAGACCAAAGUCAAGAUCACCUAGUCAGGAAGAUUUUUUCCAAAUUUAGACGGGAUAGGUCUCAGCAUCAGUCAAAUUCACAACAGUCUUCAGAUGUUGAGAAAGGAGAUGAAACCGAUAAAAUGAAUACGAAACCAAUACCUACCACCAAACUCUCUGCAGUUGCAGAGAAGAAUGGUAACGGUGGAGCUGUCAAAACAACAGUUGCUAGGCCUGUAACAGGAAGACCAGCCAGUAAAUGGGGAAGACUUUUAGGUUCAGCUAGUUUAGAUUCUGGUUGCGAAGGAAGUAACCUACCACCACAGGGUUUCACAAGAAGUCUCAGUGCUAAAGAUUCUAAAGAACGCCCCAGUUCGUCAUCUUCGGGAAGUUCCGGAAGUCAAUCAGCUGCUGGUAGCGGCAACAAAGUGUUUCCAAAACUGCAAAAAGUUGCUUCUACCUCCAGUCCCGGUAUCACUCGACAAGAUACGAUAGACGAAAUGGUAGAACUGGAUCCACCAAAGAACCUUUCCCUCCGAAAAAUGUUGAGCUACGAUUGUGGCCUAAGAGAUCCCUCCACAGCAUCCAUGUAUCAAACACCACUUCCUGAUCCCAUUGCUCCUCCUGAAUAUAAGGAAUUGAUGACUAAUCUUAUGGACUUCAAAGUAGAUGUUAAGUUAGAAAUUCAAAAACUCAACCAGAAAAUGGGAAAAUUGGAGGACAUGCUGAGUGAAAUUAUAAGGAGGCUGACACCCCCAGAAAGCAGUUCUAGUUCUCAGUCUCCUCAAGGUGAUUCGGAGCCGAAAAAGUCUUCCACAAUAAUAAUCGAACGACCUACAGAUUUUUGUACGAAAACCACAGAAGGAAGUGGUUUAGGACCAGUAAUACUUAGGAAGAGAAGAUCGAAAAGUAGAACUAAAGGAGCUGCCCCUCAGGUUCCAACGCCUCUAGGAAGUAAAGUGACUUCACCAGAAAGCCAAGCUUCUAGUCCAACAGAAUCAGGGAACAUGAUGGAAGAAGCUACUCCGUCCUCGAAAAAAUCUAUUGAAUACCUUUAGCGUUUACAAGCACUGGAGUAUAUUGAUGAAAAUUGUGCUUAUGAAGUUUUUUGCGUAGAUGAAGAGAGUUAACGUAAGUUGUAAUCUUCUUGCAAUUGCCCUAGAUGAAUCACAUCCACUCUAAAAUAACUCCGUAACAACGAGAAAUUAAAAAAUAUUCCUCUCAAGAAAUAAUAUUAUCACUUAACACAAUAGAAAAUAAUCUAAUACCCAACGAUAAUAUACAUUGAAAAUAAUUUGAAAAUUUAAAUUUUGAAAUAAUAAUCAUCUCAUAUCUUCGUUAUCCUACAAUAUAAUGAAAAAUUGUAUUAAUACAUUUAAGUAUCGUUAUUUCAUAUAUUGUUCCAUUCAAAAUUUAAUUGAUAUUGCAAACGAAAAUAUCUUGAGAAGAAUAUUCACAUUACUCUUGGCAAUUUUUAUGUCAAUUUCUAGUUGAUGCUGAGCCUGCAAAAAUGUCGAUAACAGUUAGAAAAACUGCAUUUGCAUUUGCUGUAAAAAUUCUCCUUCGACAAUUUGAAGGUGAAGAUUUUUCUUCAUUGUAGCAUUCAAGAAAGCUCAAAUGAAAUUGCUGAAGCAAAUGCAUUUCAUAUAAUGGUAUUUGACGUUUUUAGAUUAUAGGAUUUUAGGGAACACAGUUAGUGAAAUUUUCAAAUGAGAAACCGUAUUUUUUUUCACAAAAUCAAAAAUCUAUCUUUAGAAAAUCCAUCGCUUUCCCACAAAUAUUUCUCCUCAUCCUUGAGAAAAUUUCUCCGAACUGAGUAAAAGGUUGUGCAAAUUUAUUGUAAUGUUUUAUAUUCAUGCAAAGUUGUACAUAUAAAAUGAAAAUGUAAAAAUCUGUAUAAAUUCGAGUCGAAAUGAAAGCUUCAAUUGGUCCGAAAAAUUGAAAUUCUCAUGGCUCUACUGAAAUUCAUUUUGUUUUCAAAACCCUCUUCAGUCAAUUCGGGAAAUUAUAAUAAACAGAAAUGUGAUUUAGAAUUUCAAUUUUUCUGAUCUGAAAUUAGUACUGAAAUUUCGCUAUGCAUUUUUUUUUGAAAAGUUGACCACUUCUGCCUUUGCUCUUUCUUCGGAGCUUCAAAGAAUCUAAACACGCUAUGCUAAACACGGAAAACACCAAUUCAAUUAGGUUUUUAUAACCUCUAAAGCAAUGUUUGUUUUCGACACUUUAUCAUGGUGUUUUAAAAGCGAAACUCAAAUGAAAAAGAGGUUUAUAUUUGAAAAAAAAUAAAUUGUUGAUGCUAAUUAGUUUUGCUUAGUGAGAAUUUUAUAUGAAAUGCAGAUUUCAAAUAUAAUAGUUUUAUAUUUCCGAAGAUUCUAUUCUGUGAAUACUUUCUCUUCUUGUACAUGGAAAAUUUCUGAUGAUUUCAAAUUUAAACAUAUCAUUUAAUGAAAAAAUAUUGGAUAUUGUUAUUGCAAAACAUUCAGAGUCUAAAGAAAACUUUGCUCCAAUGCACUAAAGGUGCUCACAAUCAUUUAACCUAUUCACAUCACAUCUUAACUAUCUAUCUUUCAACUUAUAGAACAUAUAUUUGGUGCAAUAAAUAUCAGUGAGUUGAAGUAUUAAGAAUAAGUGAACUUAUACGUUAACGAUGAAAUGUAAUGUUUACUGGUUGGUACAUAAAAGUUGUAAUCGAACAAUUUUAGAUUUGUUUCACGAAUUUAGUUACCGAAAAGGUUUUCAACGUUAAUUUAUAGAAAGCUCUCACAGGAAGAUUAUAAGAUACUGUCAUUCUUCAGAUUCUCACAUCUACAUACCUUUUUUAAGAUAUUUGCAGGGAAAAGUAGCGUCAGAUCAAAUUUUUGAAUUAUGAUGCAAUGAAGAUAAAAAAACAUUUUCAAAAAAAAUGUGAUCAAAAGCUCAAAAUUACACCUCAAAAACACCUAUUCAAUCAUGGUUAGAGUUGAUUUCUCAAUUUUUUUGGGGUAUAUUAUUCCAAAGCAUCUACGGUGUUAUAGGGUUUCCAUAAAUAGUAAUUUCUUAUGGUUCCCCAAUUGGAGAAAAUGAUUCUAAAAAUAGAAGGGGCAAAACAGAUGAGCGUCAGA